AUAGGCCAAUAAUAGACCAGGUUUAAUGAGAAGAUGCUGGCCAAAGCAGGCGAUUUGGUGGAUUUGAGACAAAUCUUAACAACCCACACAUUUAGAAUUAAAAUAGCCGCCUCGCAUGAUCAUGUCUUUGGCACGGUAGGACUAGACUAGAGCAGAGUUCAACCGGUCUGGCCCAUUCAUUUGGGACUCCUCCUUCGAUAUCGAUCCGCUCUGCCUCCUUACCCCCUCCUCACAGCGCCUGCUCUGAGCUCUGCACAGCCGCAAUCCACAGCGCUCAGUGAUGCUCCGCUAAAGGCACUGCCUUUUCAGUCGUACUGGCUGCGAGGCUGAGGAUCCCGCUCAGCAUCCCCAUCCUCUCCAGGCUGUGCCCCUGUACGCCGGCGCAGCGCUACACACAUCCACACCAUGGAUAUACCAAGCAGCCAUUCUUCCAUCUAAACCGAAGGCCCACCUCGCUGUCAAGACGGGGAGCACAAUGAGUGAAGAGUCACCAGUCUCCCCCAGUUGGCUGGGCCAGGACCCAACCACAUGGGCCAGUGGAGGUGGAGGCCCACUGGACAACAGCACAGGUCUGGGCAUAUUCCCUCAGGAGGACAUCUACCCCCCCAGCCAGCUGCCUCUGCUGGUCAACCCCUGGGACAUUGUGCUGUGCUCCUCUGGGACCCUGAUUGCCUGUGAGAAUGCGUUGGUGGUGUUGGUCAUAUGGCAAAAUCCGGCACUGCGGGCACCUAUGUUCCUACUGAUUGGCAGCCUGGCAUUGGCUGACCUUUUGGCUGGCCUGGGACUGGUGCUUCACUUUACAUGUGCCUAUUUGCUCCGCUCUGACUCAGCCCAGCUACUCACCGUGGGGCUGGUGGUGGCCUCCUUCUCUGCAUCAGUUUUCAGCCUGUUGGCCAUCACUAUUGACCGCUACCUGUCCCUGUACUAUGCCCUGACCUACAAUUCCGAGCGGACUGCUGCGUUUACCUACACCAUGCUGGUGCUGCUGUGGGGCCUGUCCUUGUGUCUGGGGCUGUUGCCGGUCACAGGGGUCAACUGUCUGGCAGAGGAGGCCUCCUGCAGCGUGGUGCGCCCACUCACCAAGAACAACAUCGCUGUGCUGUCUGUGUCCUUCCUGCUUCUGUUUGGCCUUAUGCUCCAGCUCUAUGUCCAGAUUUGUAAAAUAGUGAUGCGCCACGCUCACCAGAUCGCCCUCCAACAUCACUUCCUAGCUGCCACGCCUCACUACGUCACCACACGCAAGGGUGUGUCCACACUUGCCAUCAUCCUGGGAACCUUCGCUGCUUGUUGGAUGCCAUUCACUGUCUACUCUCUGAUUGCAGACUACACCUACCCUCCUCUUUACACUUAUGCGACGCUGGUGCCUGCCACAUAUAACUCUGUCAUCAACCCCGUCAUCUAUGCUUUCAGGAACCAGGAGAUCCAGAAGGCCCUGUGGCUGGUGUGCUGCGGAUGUGUGCCCAGCAGUGUUGCCCACAGAGCAAGAACCCCUAGUGACGUGUGAGCCUAGAGCAGAGUGUUUGAGUGAGGCACCAGCUGUGCUCCUCACUGGCCCUACAGUGUCCCAGAGCAGGAGCAGCAGCACACUCGGGAAAGCAUCACGUCGCCAGGGCUGUAGCAGCACUUCUGACUAGAGGGAUGCCACUGGUUGAUGCAGCUUUGUUAAUUAUCAACCGCCCUACUGCGAGGAUGGUAUUGUGUUCUUUGUUUCACACAUCAUAAGGCAUGGUGUAUCACUGUCUUCCCCAGUGAUCGCGGCCUUCUCUGAGGCUGCUCCCUUUCGUGCAAUCUGUGCCACGCCCUUUUCCCCUCGAUUCUGCAGAGAGCCAGCGCGUCACAUGUUACAGGCAGCAGAUGUACAUAAAGCGUGCAUAUUUAACACCGAGGCCUGGGGUUGACGCGUAUUGUAUUUUCAGAUGGGGAGGGGGUUUUUGUUUUAUAAUGCAGUGAGUGCGUAAAGGCUGUCAAGAUGUUAAAUCCGUGCGUUGGAUACAGUGACAAACCAGAGCUCAUCCACAGCGGCUGAGAUUUCCACGGUAAAAAGCCUGUCUGGAGCAGCAUCCAGUCGCUCUGCUGCUGCACUCUGAACGUGCGUCGAAAGCUAAACAGCCGCGGAGAGCUAAAAAUAGACACGGCGCGCUCUGAUCCGCUCCCUGCGUCCUCCACAGACGCCGAGAAAGAAAUUAAGACGCUCUUUCUUCUCGGCUCUUCCUGCACAUCUUUAACCGUUUUCUAUGGCGUCUACGUCUUUUUGUUCAGAGAAUGCCUGAGAGGCUAUUGUCUGUGUCAAAACAAUGUCCAAUGGUUACCACUAUUUCCAAAUAACUAUUAAGCGUAAUUUAAGUAUAAUAACGUCACCCAACCGAAGUGCACGCUAGAUUCCAGUGAUUUGC